AUGGCUCUGAUUGGAAUCGCUGUGUUAAUAAUUCCUGUUCCUUUGCUGGUCCAGCUGGCCCUGCUGAAGAUGAGGGUGGUGCUCCUGCUGCUCCUGGUGUCCGUGGGGAACGUCGGGGCCGAGCUGGAGAAGGGCCCCCCCAGGCGCCUGUCGUGCGUGCGCUGCUGCGGCCCCUCGGAGCAGCCCGUGUCCAUCCUCUCCUCCAGGCACACCAGGACGAGCAGCAGCCCCUACUCCGUGCCCAAAGUCCAGCCCACCAUAGACAUCACCAUCCUCAAAGGGGAGAAGGGCGAGAUGGGAGAGAAGGGAUUCCCUGGAGCAGCUGGGAAGGCUGGAGAGAGAGGAUUACGCGGCCUGAACGGCAGGAAGGGCCAGAAAGGGCAGCCCGGCCCUCAGGGCCACUCCUGCAAGCAGCUCUUCGCCGCCUUCUCGGUGGGCCGGAGGAAACCCCUGCACAGCUCCGACUACUUCCAGCUCGUCACCUUCGACACCGAGUUCGUGAACCUCUACCAGCACUUCAACAUGUUCACGGGGAAGUUCUUCUGCUACGUGCCGGGCAUCUACUACUUCAGCCUCAACGUGCACACGUGGAACUACAAGGAGACCUACGUGCACGUGAUGAGGAACGAGCAGGAGGCGGCCAUCCUGUACGCCCAGCCCAGCGAGCGCAGCAUCAUGCAGAGCCAGAGCCUCAUGCUGGACCUGCAGGAGGGCGACGAGGUCUGGGUCAGGAUGUUCAAGAGGGAGAGGGAAAAUGCCAUUUACAGCGAGGAGUCCGAUGUCUACAUCAUCUUCAACGGGCACCUCGUCAAACCGGCCGUGGAGUAG